UGGUUCCUCCUCAUGCAGUGGAGCUCCCAAUGCCCUUAAAAUCACCGGUGCCAAACAGGAGUUAUACGAUUCCGACUCCCCGUAAUGGACAUGGAUAUCAUACUUUCACCAAAGCAAUAUCUGCAGCAGCAGCAAAGGGAGAUUAUGCGUGAUGCCAGCGAAAGACAGCGACGAGAGAGCUACAACACAUCAUAUGGACCCGAUACGCCUCAAUCUCCGAGCCUAAUUCACAGUCAAUUCGCCGAGUCCGGCAAUAACAUGAAUAUGAUGCAAGACGACCAAGGCUCGCGAGUGCAGUCUAUUGCUGGAGAGAUGUCACCGGUUGUGUUCAAGGACUCUGUCGCCACUGGCGGUGAUUAUCGAGUGGGAGAAACUCGUCUGCACAAGAAGUCCUCCUUUACCAUACUCUCAGUAAGAUCUCCCAAGUCCUCGCUAACCCACAGUCCUAGUACGACGCCGGUUGCACAGCGGCGGCUUCGAACUCCCGCUGGCAGGCACGCGUCAAUACAGUCCACCACUACCUCGUCCACUGCAGUGCCACCGCCCGUUCGGGCGAGACGCAAGUCUCUGACUGGAUCCCGCCUACCGCAGUUGCCUCCGCUUAGUAACCAGCAGGCAGCCGAUGAUUCGCCACGUCCCUCGGUGCAGUUCAACAUGAGCGGACGUUAUAGUCCCAGCAAGCUGGCCAUGCCCACGAAAGGCAUACUGCAACAACGGGAUUCGUUGACCUCCUCGGUAGAUACGUAUACGCCGCGAGUGCAGCGUCGUGGAUCUAUCAACAACAAAGAGUCCUCUCAGGGCCUCUCUGAGCUGUUUGGUCAGCGCAUUAAGAGUAUGGAAACGUUGCCGUUGAUAACAGAUCCUUAUCGCAGUGGUAUUCCACGAUUUCAUCGUUCGGCCAUGGAAUUGGACAAGGAGACAGCAAUCAUACCACCGGGCUCACUGCCGCGCCCACUAAAGCCAAAUCCAAAUCCCACUCGCAAGCAACGUGGUCUGCUUGGCGUUGUUAAUAGGCAAGACGACUAUACCCGUAAUCCUCCGCGUUCAAACUGGUUAAGCCUGGACGAUUUGAUAGUCGGUACACGUUUGCCAAAGUCCAGUAUGGAGCCAAUUCGCAUGCAGGCACGACGACGCUCAAGUUCCACAUCACCGGAACGUCGUAGCUCCACGCAAACGGCAUCGGAUCGACGCAGUUCCAAUUUGAGUAGCAUAACCACCUCCGACUUUAGCUUCCGCCGACCUUCUCUCUCAACACUGCCAUCCACCAUACAACGUCGCAAAUCGAUUUAUCUACCGGGUGCUAAGAUGACAGCAAGUCCGCGACGCCAAAUCAUAACCAACAGGGAUCUAAAGCAGCAUAACAAGCGCACUAAGAUUGCCAAGCCGAGUACGCUUUCUCCAAUUAUUGGUACACCCAACAAGGACAUACCGCAGAGUCCAUUGCAUGGGGAUGCGUAUGAAGCAGCGCACAUGGACACGGCAUCCGAGUUGUCCGCACGUCGAGAUUCUAUAUCCCGCAUUCCCGUGCGCAGUCGCCGGAACUCUGUAUCCAAUUCGCGUUCUAAUUCACCACUAAAGGACUUUAGCAGCUCUCAUAUUUUGUCGGGUCGCAAUUCACAAGCGAGUAAUAGUCGUUCACCGUCUCAGGCAACGAAUCGCAGUGGUCUUGAUACCCAUGGCCUAGGGAUUACGGAUAUCCGAUUGACACCUACUCGAUUCAAUGCAAGUCGUCCCACAUCGCGAGGGCCUCCCUCAAGACCAGAGUCCCGUAUGGCGGAUACCAAUGAUAUGUCCAUCAAUUCUCGCGCCAAUUCUCGGAGCAAUUCCCGGGCAAAUUCACGUGCUAAUUCCCAAGCUAAUUCUCGAGCCAACUCUCGGCUCAGUGUACGUUCCUCGUUGCGAUCCACAAGCCUUUCGCCAGCAACCAUGUCGCGUAAUAGUCGUAAAUCUGACACCACGCCCAAUCGCAGAAAAUCCAUUUCAAUAAGUCCCAAAAGUGGAAUGCUUGGACGUCGAAUGUCGCUGAGUCCGGCAGGAAAGCAAGGAAAACCAAUUUCCAAGAAGGAUCAUAAGGAGACAAUUUUCGCAAGUCAACGUCGGAACUCUCGCUCCCGUAUACCGACAAGUAUUAAUCAAAACGGAAGAAAAUCCGCUUCGCCUUCUAAAAAAGCAGAGGAACGAGGAAAGACCGAGAAGUCAAAGUCCCCUAGGUCCCCAAAAGGUAAAAAGAUAACGACAACAUCUACGAAAUCAAGCCCAAGGGAAAAGUCAACAAAAUCUGAAAGUGCCAAAAAGAAGACGUCCUUAAUUAGCAAGCCAGAGACAAGUGUAAAACGAACUGUGUCAAAAACGUUACCGGCGAUGCCAGCAAAGAAGCCACAAACAUCGAGUCAACCGAAGACACCUAUUUCCCAGAAACAGAAGACAGAAAGUAAACAGGCGAAAAAUGGUGAAAAAUCCACUAAAUCCAUAAUUAAAACCAACGGGGCAAAUGGUUCUAGUGGAUUACCCAAACCCCUGGCAAGAACUGGUUCCCAGAUGAAUACUAAAAAGGCAACAACUGAAAGUCCUGAAAAGAAAGUGAAGCAAAAGGAAUCACCGAAAAAGGCAGAGCAUGCCAAGGACUCUGCGGCAGACAGUUCCCAACCGUUAGCUGUCCAUGUCGGUAACGCAGUACUGCAAGCGGCAGAAGCAUUGCCAGCUGUUCGCAACGAGGUCAACGCAUCUACCACUGGAGGCAUCAAGCGUCAAGGCUCGAACAUGUCAACAUUGGUGCGAAUGAGUUCCCGACUCAGCUUGGUUAGCAAUAAGAAGCGUGUGGAUUCCGCACAGAAUCGUAAGGUGGCAACGGUUCCAGAGCAGACGCAAGAGACUGAGGUGCCAAAAGGUCAUGCUGCGCAACUUGCUACUACUGGCCAAUUGACCUCCGGUGAUGGUGGCUCAGGGCAGACUGCAACAAGUUCUAGUAACUCACAGAAGACCUUAAAGAGUGAGACUCACAAAACGAUUAACGAAAAUUUAACCGACCCCAAAAGCCAAGAAACCGAAGCCGGACUCGCCCCCGAAAUUGGCAAUUCACCUAGUCCCAAUGGUCUGACAGCGACAGCCAAGCCGCAUGACUCCAUAUCGCGUCUCGAUACAGCAGACGGAAGUCAUGCCCAAAAUAGUUCGGCGGAGAUGCAUAAGUCCCCCUUGCCCCCCACACAGCCCAUCGAAGCAUCGAUAUCGGUGUUGAAUGCCACUGAGACCGAUUCGGCAACUACUUUAGUUGGUGGUCAACCUGUAACCGUGAAACCAGAGAUAGACUCUGAAAGACCCAAUGUUCAAGCGGAUUUGACUGAUGACUUCAAGCGUGCAACUCCGCCACCCGGCGAGGAUUUUCAAGUGGAUGACAAGCGACUAUCUCCUGAUGGUCAAGGUUCAACAGCAGGCAGUGGUGGCAUUGUAAACAGAAGCAGCAGCCAGGAAUUCCUCAAGGAUGAUGUAAAGAAAGGCGGCAUCUGUCGUUGCUGUACCACACUUUGUAUGCGUUUCCGUCGAUCGCAUUGCAUGCGUUGUUGUGGACGACGACAGGAUCGUUUAAAUGGCUCAGUUGAGGAGCAACCAGUUCUCUCGAGUGCUCGCAGCAGUGCCACGACAACUCACAUGGAGAUAGUGGACGAAACCAAGUCCAACAAAAAGAAAUCUCGUUGUUGGCCCAUGUCCAAUUGCUGCAAGAGUUGUCGCAAAAAGUCAACAGCUGGUGAAAUAGUUGAAAAAGAGACCAAAGCCAGCACUAUGAGUGCGGAGCCAAUGCAUCAAUCGGGUGCAAUGCAACGACCACAGCAGCAGGGCAAGUGUGGGCUCUGCCUGCGAAAGAUUUUCUGUUGCCGAUCCGUGAAUAAAGUCGAUCCCGUGACUGGCGAUGAAACCGAGCUAAGGAAAUGUUGCUUCUGCAUACCGUGUCGACGUAAGCGGGGAGUGGGUAACCGGACAGAGCCCAAGGUUGCAUGGCGAGAUCGUGAUCCAGAGCUUGGAAUCACGGCAUCAGAUGCAGCAAUUGUUGAAGGAUCUUCGAUGGCACCGUCCACAGCGGGACCCACAGAAGACACGACCAAAAUGAGUUGCUGCCGACGUUUCUGGCUCGCGCUCCUCUGUUGCCGCAAGAAACCACGACGUGGCUCCGAUGCCAGGCGACAGAGUAUCAAGGCACCACCACCCAGUGAGGACACACGUCGCAAGUUGCAUAAUGAUCUGGUGGAGUACACGUCAAAAAUGAAGGGGGCAAUUCCUGUGCUGCCGCUGUACUUGGCCUGGUUUUGCGCCUUUUGUAAUGUUAUCUUUCCUGGUCUAGGCACUCUACUAUCUGGACUCUUCUGCUUGUGUGUCGGCAUUCCGAGAUUCUCUCAAUACGACAGCGCGCGUGCUCGGAUUGGAUCUUUUAUCAUUAACAUCAUUGUAGCGGUAUCACAAUUCUUUUGUGUACUCUUCUGCUUUGUAGGUUGGGGUUGGUCUAUUUGGUGGGGCGCUAUAAUGCUUAGAUGUGCAAAAAAACUGAGUAAAAUCAAAAAGGUCGAACGACUUGAACUUGAAGAGGAACAGCGCCAAGCCGAAUUAGCUGCUGCGCAAGACGCACAUCGUGGGGAAACUGAGGCCGCCAAAACCUAGUGACCUAACGAAAAAACUAUUAAUAUGUUGUCUGAGCAAAUAUUAUCAUUCUCGUUAAAACACUUCCAAAAUUUCUUCCGGACAAACUAUGAAAGGACAGAGUAACCUAUCUGAAGAAUUAAAAUCGUCAAACUUCCAACUUUCUAAAAAGUGGCGAAAAAAAUUGAGAUUCCAAAAACAAAAUUCACUUCCACGUGUACAUACAUAUGUAUUAUAAGUAUUUAUACAAACUUUUACAAAUAAGUGACCUUACCAUACAUAGUCCUUUAAUAGUCAUAUCAUGAGCGUAAUAGGAAAAUAAAUAUUAUUUUAUUUACUAAUACAGAAAUGUUAAAUGUUGUACUCACAUUAUCAUGUUUUACGACAAUAUUUUUUGGUUAAUCAAAUAAAUAUUAUUCCAAUCAAGAAAAUGUGGUAAAAAUGUGUGUGUGUUCCUUCGCUUAAAUUCAAACUGACGAUUUAAAUAUGAUAACGGCAUUUAUUUUAGAACUAUGGGAUCUAAACGUUUUCAUGUGAUUGCCUUUGUUACAUUCACAUGAAACUAUAUACGACAGGGAUACAUGAAAUA